AUGCCAAACGACGAUCUCAAGGCGCACGCCGCCUCAAACCAAGAUUUCUACGCUCUGCUAGACAUCCAACCAGCCGCUACAGAAACCGAGAUCCGCCGCGCAUACCGACGCACCGCCCUAAAAUACCACCCGGACAAGAUCCAAAACCCCACCGCAGCAGAUAUCGACAAAUUCCAUUUCCUCCAGAUUGCCUACGAUGUCCUCUCCGACACCUCAGUGCGGCAGCUCUACGACAAUGCGCGGGAAGCGCGGCAGCGCAAACAGCGCGAGCGGGAGAUGAUGGGAGCGGCGAAACGAAAGAUGCGCGAAGACCUAGAAGCGCGGGAGAGGGCAGGCGCCGCGGAAAUAGGUGGCGCCGGUAUCAAGCAAGGUGUCAAAAGAUCAUGGGCGAUGGACGGUGAUGAGGAUGCGGAAGAGAAGCUGCAGCGCGAGAUUGACAGGAUUGCGGAGGAUGGGCGACGGAGGCGACGCGAGGCUGAGGAAAAGGCUAAAAAGGCGUUUGAGGACGAACAGAAGAAAAUCCAGCGGCAGGAAGAGGAGGCUCGCAGGGCGGCGGAUCGGAGUAGCCAGCGCGUGGACCGCUCGAAGGAGGGUGGUGGCGCGCAAGUCCCUGAGCUCGAGCGUGCGGUGAAAGUGCGCUGGGUGCGGGAGGGUCGCGGGCUGGAACUUGAUAUUGAACAGUUGGCAAACAAGGAGAAGAAGACUGUUGCGACCGGCGUUGUGGUCUUCACGUCUAUUGUGAGCGCUCACACUGCCGUUCUCGACAGCGAGAAGAAACUUCGUCAGCAUGCUGGUCAAGAUGGCGAAUGGGGCCUUAUCGAGUCUGUAUUCUGGGCCUCCGGCACCCAGCCUGAUCUAGGUCCUGAUAUAUCAUCCAAGCCCGACCCGGCUGAACCCGCACCUGCACCACGAGGGCCCUCUGCCGACACUUCCAGCAGGCCUCCUAAACCAUCAUUCAAUUUCCAGGGCUUGAAAACAGCACCCCCAUCCGACAAAGCACCUUCGUUUGGCUCAUUCGCUUCUGCAUCUGCUGCGGCAGCUGCUCCAAGUGCAGCGCCAUUCAACCCAUCCACAAAGUCUCCAGCCGCGCCUAGUCUACAGGAAGUGAUGAUGAUGCGGCUGAAGAACGCACAGCGUGAGAAGGAGCGCAAAGCUCUCGAAGAAGAGCUGAUACGAGAAGACGAGGCCGCAGAUGCAGCAGAAGCAGCGACAGCAAAAGGCACCUAG